GUUCAAAAUUUGUAAGAAGAAGAAAGCAAUGACUGCAACUCUUGACUUUUAGACGCUCUUACAUUUGUCAAACUUUUGUCCAGAUUCUCUCAGACGUCUCUACGACGUUGCAUAGCCGGUCCUCCCAUUUCCACCGCAGAUGCAGCGAGUAACCGUGACUUGCAGCAGUCACUCGCCGGAUGAGACAGGCAACCCAUUUACUUUUUAAAAGUUUCGCAUCGUCUGCCGAGAGGGGGAGAGAGAGUAGAGAGUAGAGAGGUGGAGAGAUUUGGGGAGUUGGCCAUGGAUUUGCUCCACCAAUUUCUGAUAAUCGUUCUUCUUCUUGUUCAUCAAGCUGCUGCCUCAGCCACAGACAGCGGCUUCACCUUCAAUGGCUUCCAAGGAGCAAAUCUGACGUUGGAUGGAACCGCAUCCAUCACCCCCAAUGGCUUACUGCGUUUUAAUGUCGAUGCGCACAAUCUGUCGAUGGGUCAUGCCUUCUACCCUUCUCCCUUUCGUCUCAAAAACAACUCUUCUUUUUCUUCUUCUUUUUCUCCUUCAAGAUCUGCUGCUGUCAACGGCAGUACAGUUGUUUCAUUCAGCAUCCUUUUCGCCUUCACCAUAAAGACUCAGGUCCCCGGCACAGGCGGCCAUGGUUUCGCCAUCGCCUUCUCUCCUUCGCCGGGCAUCCCUGGAGGGAGAGGCGCCAACUACCUUGGCCUCUUCAACCAGACCAACAUGGCCAAUUCCUCCAAUCACAUCUUGGCCGUCGAGUUUGACACUGUCCAGGACGUACCCUUCGGUGACAUAAACGAAAACCAUGUCGGCGUCGACAUGAACACCUUGACCUCCACCGUCUCCGCACCUGCUGCUUACUUCAUCUCAGGGAAUGCAACCCCUCAGUCAGUCAACCUCCAGAGCGGAUCAAUCAUUCUCGCAUGGAUUGAUUACCAAAGCGAUGUUCAACAACUCAACGUUACCAUCGCACCCUUCAACAAUCCUGCUACCAAACCGGAGGAUCCCCUUCUCUCUACCAAGCUCAAUCUCUCCUCCGUGCUCGAAGAUUUCAUGUACAUUGGUUUCUCUUCCGGUGCCGGAAAGCUCUCUAGCGAGCACUACAUACACGGCUGGAGCUUCGGCAUCAAUGGGGUUCAAGCCCAACCCCUUGAUCUCUUGAACCUCCCUUCCAUUCCCACACCCAACUCCAGAAUCAGGCUCUCCAUAAUCUUGGCCUACUCCUUCGGCGUCGCGGCAGUGCUAAUAUCCUUGCUCUUCAGUACCUGCUACAUCAUUUACAAGAGGAGGAACAAGCUUGCAGAUAUAAUGGAGGGUUGGGAACUGGAGUACCCACAUAGAUUCUCUUACACAGAACUCUACGCAGCAACUCGAGGAUUUAGAGAGAAGGAGCUUCUCGGGUCCGGUGGUUUUGGCAGCGUCUACAAAGGGGUGCUGCCAGGAACGCGCGAACAAGUAGCCGUGAAGAGAGUCUCGCACAAUGCGAAACAGGGGCUGAGGGAGUUCGUGGCAGAGGUCGCGAGCUUGGGGAGAUUGAGACACAGGAACCUGGUUCAAUUGCAAGGUUGGUGCAGGAGAAGGGACGAGCUGCUGCUUGUCUAUGAAUUCAUGCCCAAUGGGAGUCUUGAUAGUUUCCUCUUCGACGAUAGCAAUGCCAAAAACUUGGGUUGGGAAGAAAGGUUCAACAUCCUCAAGGGGAUCGCCAGCGGGCUGCUGUAUCUUCACGAGGGUUGGGAGCAGGUGGUGGUUCACAGGGAUGUGAAGGCCAGCAAUGUGCUCCUGGACGGUGAGAUGAACGGGAGGUUGGGCGACUUUGGACUGGCUCGGCUGUAUGAACACGGCAAGAAUCCGCAGACGACGCGCGUCGUCGGCACGCUCGGCUAUAUGGCGCCGGAGCUGUCCCGGACGGGGAAGGCCGCGGCGAGCGCCGAUGUGUUCUCUUUCGGCGCUCUGCUGCUUGAGGUGGCCUGCGGGAGGAGGCCCAUCGAGAUGUGGGGAUCCGAGGAAGACGAAGAGAUGGUGUUGAUCGAGAGGGUGCUGAGGAAUUGGCAGAGUGGGGACAUCCUGAGCUCCAUGGACUCGAGGCUUGAGGGAAGGUUCGUGAGGGAGGAGGCGGAGGUGGUGCUGAAGCUUGGCGUGAUGUGCUCGCAGGCGGUGCCUCAUAUGCGACCCACCAUGCGUCAGGUGGUUCAGUACCUCAACGGGGACGCUGUCAUCCCGCGAGACUUGGGCCUCAACUCUGUGGUGGUGCACGAUGACCUGGGAUUCGAACAGCUUGUGCUGCCUUACCCUGUUUCAGAGGUGCCAUCGUUCAACUCCACUUUUUCUCAGCGUUGGAGUCCCAUCAUAUGAUUCGAUGCUUUCUUUGAUCACUACCACAAUUCUUCUCAGACAUCGAUCCAUCGAGUUAUUGAUUGAUCUGGUUUCGUCUUCUAAUGAUUUCCACAGUGGACAUUGAAAUGUUCAGCAGAUCAUCAUCUUUCUCGAUUGUUGUGAAUUUGAUUCGACUCUGUCACUGGACAUGGCCAUGAGAGUCUAACUUGGUGGUGAUUUGGCAGAUUAUUUGAUGUUGGGAUCGAAGAUGAUAUGGUCUGCCGCAGGUAUGUUAGACCAUGUUAUGUUCAUCUUUGUGAGAUUUGUGUAGAGGAUUGAGCUACGAUUCUUGAGGAUAUAUUUCGGUCUUCAGGCCGCUUUAAAUUCGACAGAACUCAAAUUUUCAGCGUGUUUGCUUAAUCCGAUUCUGAACCUUUUGCAUGUUUGCUGGU